AUGACCGCCGCCGCUGGAUAUCGAGGGAGGUAUUGUAUGGAGUGCAACAAGGGUUACCGUAAGGGGCGUAAGCAUCGUUGUGGGAAAAUAUGUCCGAGUUGUUACAGCGUUCCCACGUGCGAGCGUCCCGGUGCGGAAAGUCCUUUUCGACGUAAAGCCACGAGCGAAAACCUGGGAGAGGGUACAAGCGCUGGUACGGCGUUGCAAGCAGAGGUCGAAGAGCGGCGUGUGCAUGAUAAUGACUUCGUAGGCGAGAGCGAGCGAGAAAACGGACGUGUCGCAUUCGCGUUUUACGACUUUGAAACGCGACAGGACGAGACGCUCGAGGGUACGGAAAGUAGUGUAAAGGUUCACGUGCCGAUCCUGUGUGUCGCGCAGCAAAUUUGUGAAACCUAUGUUCAAUUAGACGACAUGACGAAGCGAUGCCGUUGGUGCGGGCGUGAAUUAGUUAAAUACUGCCGCAACGACGUAGAUAUCCUUCGUCGUGCCUGCAUGGCCUUCCGUAAAAUCUUCUUGGAGCGCGGGAAUGUAUGUCCUUUCGAGGAAUGUACAACUAUCGCUUCCACUUGCAUGAAGGUUUUUCGCAAAAACCUUCUGCGGGAGGAAGAGAUAGGAUUAUUUCAAGAGGCGGCUACAGAUUCGCAGAUAACCAUUCGCACGGGUUACCCUAUAAAUCGUAAUAAACCGCUCUUGUCCGCAAAUCGCGAGGACACGCUGGAAAAGCGCUACGAAACGAUCGCAACAACACGUCGUCUUGAAGCACAGGGGUAUCGCGUGAUAGAGAAGUGGGAGUGUGUUUUCGACCAGGAUUUGCGUGAAAACGAUGAGAUGCGGGAAUUUGUCGCUAAUCACCCGGUAAUAAAAUCCACGCCUCUCAAUCCGCGCGAUGCGUUCUUCGAUGGUUGUAUGGGAAAUAUCGCGACGUAUUGCGAAGUCACGGGUACGGAGAAAAUACGUUAUGUCGACGUGUGUUCUCUGUACCUGUACAUACUGAAAACGGGUGGCUUUCCGAUCGGUCACCCCGCUAUUUAUAUCGGUCAGGAAUGUUCCUCGUUAAUCGGAGCAGCGCCUGACUACAAUUUCGAUUCGGUCGAAGGUCUCGUCCAACGUAAAGUACUCCCCCUACGUGAUCUCUUUCACCUUGUAUUACCCUACCGCGUACGGGGGAAAUUACUGUUCGCCUUAUGCAGGAGUUGCUGUGAAACAUUCUCGCAGGCCGAGUGUACUCAUGAUCAGCCCGUCGAUCGUGAAUUCGAGGGUACCUGGGUAUCCUGCGAAGUACGCAAAGCUAUCGAGAAAAGUUAUUUCGUGACAAGCGAGGCGAGUGGAUGGCCGGGCGAAUGUGUGAAUGACGAGGCGAAGGAACGUUACCUCCGGGAAUACGAGGAAACCGAGGGUUUACGUUCGGUCGCGAAGCUCUGUCUGAAUUCUUUCUGGGGAAAAUUUGGUCAGCGGAGUAAUCUGCCUCAGACCGUAAUCAUAAAAGACUAUCAACAGUUCGUUGCUUUGCUUAUAAAUUCCGAGCACGAGAUAACUGACAUCUUACCUGUCAACGACGAGAGAAUGUAUGUUUCGUGGCGACUGCGAGAAGAGGCAGUUACAUCUUCGCCGAUGACGAAUGUCGUGAUCGCGGCAUACACGACAGCGCAGGCACGAUUAAAAUUAUACGAAUAUUUAGAAUUAUUAGAUAGGCGAGUUUUGUACUACGAUACCGAUUCGUGUAUUUAUUUAAGCACCGGCGAUCCGGGCGAGUACGAACCAUCUACGGGAAAUUUUCUGGGGGAUAUGACAGACGAGCUUGAGAGCUAUGGCCGCGGUAGUUACAUUGAAUCGUUCGUGUCGGGUGGCCCGAAAUUUUACGCGUAUGUCAAAGAGAAAAGCGGGGUGAGCGAGGAGAAGGAGGAGGAAAGAAAGAAGAAGAAGAAGAAACAACUAGAGCGGCGAUAA